AUGGCCACCACAACUACCGCCACCACAGGCGCAACUCCCAGAUCUCGUAUACGGAGCAAAUUGUCCAAUCUACUGUCACAGCUCUUGAAAGUGGGGCACCAGCGAAUAAACAUCGAUAUAGACUUGGCCAAUAACUCGAUCGAUGGAUUCACGGAAUUGACGAUUAUCCCCACCAGCAACAUGUUAAAGACAGUGAAAUUGGACUGUCGUGAGAUGGAAAUUAGGGAUAUCUUUGUCAACGGGAUUCGAUGCGUCAACUACAUCCACAAGGAUAUGCUCUAUAUCAACGACCCGGCCUAUUUUGAAGGAUGUUUGGAAGAUGGACGGGUUAACUUGUUGGAUUUGUAUAGCGAUCGGUUUGGCAUGCAUCAACAUCAUAUGAUACGACAAAAGUUGAGUUAUUUAUUCAGAGAUACACAUACUUCGGCGGAUGCAACUACCACAACCACAUCUGUACCUACAUCCGAUUACACUACCAACACCGAAGAAUUAGUCAUCAUCCUUCCAGAAACGAUAAAGUUUGAACUCACAGACAUAAACACAGUAACUCCACAAUCAGCCAUAACUCCGUCAUAUCUCAAAUCCAAACCAACAUCCUCGGAAGUGUACACCCCCAUCCAGAUCAAAAUCGACUACCGUCUACAGAAUCCCAAGAAUGGAAUCAAUUUCGUCACCAACAGCAAUAUCGACCGUCGUAACUGGCACGCAUACACUGUCAACUCGACAUACGGCGUCCUGACAUCCAGCUGGGUACCAUGCAUAGACAACUUGUGGGAAAGAUGUACCUGGAGUCUUGAGGUGAAUAUACCGCGGACAAUCAAGGAUAUAGGUAACCCCAGGAUUAUCGGAAGUAAAGAAGCAAUCCAAUAUGCUCAAAGCAGGAGAAAUACCGCUGUGGAUGACGAUGAUGAUCAAGAAGACGAUGAACAGCAAGAUGAUGAUGAGAAUCUCGAUUUGACGGUGUGUUCUGGUGACUUUAACAAUGUUAAAGAAACUCCUCAUCCUAUUGAUUUAUCCAAGAAAGUUGUAUCGUGGUCAUUGUUUAAUCCAGUAUGUGCCCACCAUGUCGGAUGGGCUGUUGGUUGUUUCUCAAGUUUUGUCUUGGCCAACCAGGAAUCCACCGCGAAUGAAAGUGAAGAACAGGACUUUGAAGAAGAACAAGAUUCCGAGUUUAAACCAGGAAGUACCCCCAUCACAGUGUAUGCCCUUCCCCAAGACAUUGAGCUCGCAAGAAACACCACUGAAGUUACUUCAUCUGCAUUGGACUAUUUCAUUAAACAGUUUGGUUCGUUCCCCUUCAGUUCAUACUCGCUUGUAUUUGUUCAAUUCCAACCCAGUUCUGCAGAUGGGUAUGCUGGACUCUCCAUACUAUCCAACAAUUUGCUAUACCCCACCAACAUCAUCGAACCAAUGUUCUCCACCACCCAGACAUUAUUGAAUCUGAUUGCACACCAGUGGUCAGGAAUAAACAUUGUACCGCAAACCGUGCAUGAUUCAUGGUGCACGAUUGGUAUUUCCCACUUUAUGGCGCUGACGUAUCUCCGUAAGCUCAUGGGAAUCAAUGAGUACAAGUAUCGCAUUCGCCAACAAAUGCGCGACAUUAUCAAGCAAGACAUCGGGAAACGACCACUUGCGAACCAAUACUAUCGCUUCCCCAUUGUUGAAACUGACCUUGACUUUGUUAAAUUGAAAGCACCGAUUGUGUUGUUCAUUCUUGAUAAGCGCAUGACGAAAACCGACAAAUCAUUCGGAUUGUCCCGUGUGCUCCCUAAACUCUUUCUCCAGGCCAUGUCGGGCGACUUACCCAAUGGAACAAUCACAACCACGCAUUUUCAAUACUUGUGUGAGAAAGUCAAUCGGAACAAACUAGACGGAUUCUUCAAACAAUGGGUGUAUUCUACAGGAACACCGCAUCUCCGAAUCCAGCAGAAGUUCAAUAAGAAACGAGGUAUGAUUGAAAUGCAGAUCCGUCAGGUUCAACAUCUCGAGAAACGCCAGGCACGACUUACACCCCGGCUGUUUAUCACUGACGCUACUUCAUACAUUGAAGACGAGCCGGGACAUCCUUUACUUCCAGUAUUCACUGGCCCCAUCACCAUUCGUGUCCAUGAAGCUGACGGAACACCGUACGAACAUAUUGUCGAGUUGAAAGAAGGGAACGUCAAGAUUGACAUUCAGUACAAUCUGAAAAUGAGAAAACCAAAGAAGAAGGACAUUGAAGCUGGGUUGGACAUGAUGUCGCCCUUCACUUCGCGACUUGGUGACGUUCUUACAUCGCCGGCCGAUAUGUCUCUGUGGGGACUAAGUGAGUUUGAGAAGCGUGACGAGGAAAUGAUGUUUAAUGAUCCAUUUGAGUGGAUCAGAGUCGAUGUGGAUUACGAGUGGAUUGCCGUGAUUGAUAUCAAACAGCCCGAUUACAUGUUUGCCGCACAGUUGUGCCAUGAUCGAGACAUUGAAGCACAACUUGAGAGUGUAAGGUAUUUCCGUGGAUUAGACAAGCCCAGCGUGGUGCAUUGUACGGUGUUGGUGAGGACUUUGAUGGAUGAUAGGUACUUCUAUGGGGUCAGGAUCGCUGCUGCUGAGGCGCUCGCCAAGUUUCUGAAUUCGAGUAAUAAUUUCAUAGGGUUGGGAUAUUUGUUGCGGGCAUACAAGGAAUUGUUUUGUUUUAGAGGUAGCACCAUUCCCAAGUCCAAUGACUUUGCUGAUUUUAGACAAUAUUUUAUCCAAGUCGCUAUUCCGAAGAUACUCAGUAAAGUGCGUGAUCAAGAUGGUAUUGUUCCUCCUGUAAUUCAAGAGUUACUACUUAAUCUAGUCAAGUUUAAUGACAACACCAAUAAUUCAUUCACGGAUGGAAUCUACGUGUCGAAACUUAUCGAAGCGUUGACCACUACUGCGGUCACUGGCCGCAAAGACGAACCCCACACCAAACAAUUUGCCAAGCAUGUCAACACGGAAAUCGACAGACUCUUGAAGCUCGACCAGUACAUGCCAUCAUACCACAACAUCAUUGAGAUCACAUGCAUCAAGCAAAAAAUACGUCUUGCCGUCGCCAACAUCAUUGAUCUUUCCUUUGAAGACUUGCUUUACUUUACGCUAGACAAGUAUCCUAUGGAGGCUCGUGUGGAGGCAUUCACGGGUUUGUUCCGUUUAGGAGGGUUGCGGAACUCGGCAAUCUUGAAUUACUUCCUCAAGGUGUGUUUGCUCAACUGGGACAGGCCAAUGUAUCGUCAGUCCCUUAUUUCCUCAUUGAUUGAAUCCAUUGCCGUGGCCGCUAUCGAAGGAACGCAGUCGUUACUUGAUGAUGUGGAAUUCACUACCUCUCAAGCGGUGCAGGCUUCCAGCAAGACCGGGAUGAUCAUUAUUGAAGAUGGGUCAGAGAUGGAGAAACAGAGAGACUCGUAUGCGCGUGCUACCGUGCGCGGGGCGAUCGAGUUGCUUAGACGGGACUACAGUAUCGGUAAUGGAUUGCGCGGGUGCCUUUGGGAACUUAUCCAUCUGAGUUUGGUGAGUGUCAGUGAACGAAGAGACUUGUUUAGCGUGUGUCUGGUGUUGUAUCGUGAAGUGGAUAAGAUGCUUGUCAAGUUGAAGGUUCCAAGCAUGGAUGUGACCGAGUUUAAUCGGAAAAUUGUUGCCAAGAACUUGGGUGGUGGGAAAGUGGUGUUUAAGAGAGAAGGCAGGUUUAAGAUUCAGUUGGCUACCAGAAAGAGCAUCCUGUCUAAGUUGAAGUUGAGCUUGAAGCCGGCUGCUCCGUCUGGGAUGGCUGCUGCUGCUGCGGCGGCUGCUGUAUCUACGCCUAUUGCGUCUGCGCAUACGCCAGUGGCAAAGGCCAGUACUGUGGCUCCUCCCGUGCCGAAGGUUACUAUCCCAAUUGUUGCUCCUGCAAAGAAAUCAUUGGUUAAAGUGGAAAACACUCGGGUCACGUUCAAGCUUCCUAAAGUGAAGCUUUCGAGGUUUAGGGAUGUGUUGGUAAAACAUAAUGGAUCGGUUGUUACUCUUAAGUUCAGUCAACGGAAUAGACAUAGACUUGAAUCAUUGAGAGCGGAACCGGUUCAUCGAUAUGUUAAAAUUACAAAGUUCAAGACUGUGGAGAUAUCUAGUAAGCCGUUUGAGUCUAAACCAAUUAGAGUUUCCAAGCCAGUUGACACUUUGCCAGUGGAGGUUUCUAAACCAGCACCUAGUUUGAAAUUGACGAUUCGUCCAUUAAAAGAACCAAGAGUAUCUGCGGUUGUCACUGAACCAAAAGAGUCACGGGCAGGAGCAAUGCAACCAAAGGAAUCUGCCAACAAUAGCCCAGAAAAGGUUGUACCCAAGGAAUCACCCAAAGAGAGCGCCGAGAAAGCAAAUGAAGCCAAAGUAUCGCCGAAACCAGCCAGCGAAUCACCAAAGGAGUCAAAAGAGACGCCGAAAUCACGUUCAAAGUCGUCUCUGCCUGAACCUACAAACUCCAACUCGCCGUUUUCCCGUUCGGUCAGUCCAUACACCAAGAAGAAAAAGACCAAGAUAUACAUUCAUACCAGUAAUUAGAAGUUUUGUAAUAAAUAGGUUUGUAACAUUAUACCACUAUGUAAGCGCUCACGUGACUUUAUUCCUGGUUUAGGAAAAUGCACCACCCCCAAAAAACCACCCAGUACUAAAACGCCCUUUUUAGUCAAAGCUAUAUAGACCACUACGUAGACGAUACAGCAUGUUGCCAGCAUUCAACAUAUCUAAAGCAACACCCACGACGUCUACUACGGAAACAACAACCAGUUAUACGCCUCCUUCCAGCGGCAACACCGCGAUUGACGUGAAUACCAGUGGCAGUGGUGUGAGA